GCUGUUCAACGUUUGGUGGCACAUAGUCGGGACCACUAUCAGCAUUGUCGUUCCCUCUUCCCCCUGUGCCAGCUCUGCAUCGUUACAAAAGUCGCCAACAGCAUGCGGAUCCCAAUCAGAGAGCAGUUGGGCCUACUGGUAUUGACUACGACCUUGACGGCUCUUGCUGUUGUCGCCAUUGCAACCUGGGUCAACAAUUAUAACUUUGUUCUUGGAAUCAGGUCUUCGAGGCUUACAAUCACGGCAUCUCUGAAAGCAUCACAGCUGGCAUCAAGUCUUCUCAUCCUCCAAUCUUCGGCUCAGACCAUUAGUACUCGGGUCCUUUUACAAAAUGCAUUGCAAAGAUACAACAAUGGAAACAACACCUACGCCAACUGGGCUCGGGCAAUAUCGGACCUGCAAAGUGCCAUGGCCGCUGGUGGACAGCAAGCAUUGUUGCUCCAGGCCAUGGUAUACCCAAAGAAUGACUCUGGAUUUGCUGGCCCGUGGAGUCUCUUGAACGUGACCGGAGAUCCUUCUGGGAAUGGAAUCAUUCUCCCAGACACAGGAGUCCCAUUUGGAACCAAUGGCUCCGGCUACCCUGCCGCUAUAUACCCAAAUCUCACCUACACUACCACAGUAGUGAACAGUACUUACAAUGCAUCUGUCGCAUAUGUCUUCAACGAUACCGACUAUGAAAGAGUUCUCAAGCCAGACUCGACCCUUCUUCUUGGCCCUCUUCGCAUCAAUGACACCUUUGCACUUCUCUCGCUCACGUUACCCGUCAUCAACAACACCUCCGCCACAGACAUUUUAGGUUACGUGACAGUGGUCGCAAACGCAAGGAUGAUCUACGACGUUGUCGAGUCACUUGUGGGGCUCGAUAAAACCGGUGUGACUUUGGUCGCUGGCCCCCUGUCUCCUACAAAUCGUUUCCCCUCCAGUUUGAUGAUUAACGGAAGCCGACAAAUCGCACCACAAGACAUGGAUAUCCCAGUCGAGUACAUAUUUACUCCGUCUACCUCUUCGUCCCGCGUUAAAAAGCUGCCGUUCUCAAUGGAGUCGUUUCAGAUGCGGGAGAACCGAGGUAUUGCGGAUGCCUUCGGUAAGAAUAAUGGCGAACUUAAUAAUGCAGGAACAAUCAUUUCCACGAAGAGUGAGACUGGACACAAAAUCGCCGUGGGCUACGCCUUGGUCGAAUCUCGUUUAUGCAACUGGGCGCUUUUGGUCGAACAGGCUCACAGCGAGGUCUGGGCCCCCAUCAACCACCUUCGAAAUGUCCUCCUGGCCUGCGUGUUUGGUACGGCUGGCGCAAUUUUGUUGAUACUCCUUCCAUUGGCCCAUUUCUCCGUUCGACCCAUAAGGGAGCUGAGGGAAGCGACAAAGAAGACUAUCCAACCACCAAGUUAUUCGCCCGAUGAUGAAAGCUUGCGCUCCUUUGGUUCCGAUAUCCAGGAUCCUGUACCGGGAGAGGAUACAGAACUUGCUGAGGAGCACAAGGGUGCUAGUUUCUUUAUUCCCAUGGUCAAGUGGCGGUUCGGCGGUCAAAAGAGCGACAGGAAACGUCGGCGUGACUCCCGUAGAGAAGCAUUCCGCAUUCCUGGAAAAGUCCAGGAACGAAAACACCUAGUCAAGGAUGAGCUGUCCGAUCUGACUCAGACAUUUAAUGCCAUGUCAGAUGAACUCAUGAUGCAGUACGAACGUUUGGAGGAAAGGGUUAAGAUUCGCACCCAGGAGCUGGAGUUGAGCAAAAAAGCUGCAGAGGCUGCAAAUGAAAGCAAGACUCUUUUUAUUGCCAAUAUUUCCCACGAGCUAAAGACUCCUCUGAACGGUAUUCUUGGCAUGUGUGCCGUUUGCAUGCAAGAAGAUGAUCAAUCCAAAAUUCGACAAUCGCUCAGGAUCAUAUACAAAUCUGGGGAUCUUUUACUCCAUCUUCUCAACGAUCUCCUCACGUUUAGCAAAAAUCAAAUGGGACAGCAGCUCAGCCUCGAUGAACGAGAGUUUCGCCUUGCCGAUAUUAGCUCGCAAAUCAUGUCCAUUUUCGACAAACAGGCGAAAGAAGGGCAUAUCAACCUGAAUGUAACCUUUCUCGGACCAAUGGAAGUUUUGGAAAAGAAUGGUCCCGCCACUGGAGAGAAAGGUUACCAUCCCAUUGGAUUAGGGCGGGUCAGAGACAUGUGUGUUUGGGGAGACCAGCAUCGGAUCCUUCAAGUGAUUAUCAAUUUGGUGAAUAACAGCCUAAAGUUUACUCCUCCGGGAGGCUCUGUAGAGCUUCGCAUCAAAUGCCUUGGCGAAGUUGAAGAAAAGGCAGAAAGCCGCAAAGGCUCUGUGCAGUCAAGGUUUUCCAAGCAACUCUCCUCUCGAAACUCGAGAAAACGACACGAUUCUGGGUCGAAUUCGGUUGUCUCGGACCCCGAGAAGCCAAAGAACAUGGACACUGUACUCUCCAUCAACCCGAUGGAAGGCCCUCGCCUCCCACCUUCAGCUGCGACCAUUGAGCGAUCGUCCUCGCCUCCGCUAAUAAAUGCGCGUACCUUGGUGUUUGAAUUUGACAUCGAAGACACCGGCCCUGGUAUUCCUGAACAUCUUCGUGAUCGUAUAUUCGAGCCGUUUAUGCAGGGUGAUCUCGGUCUCAGCAGGAAGUACGGUGGAACAGGAUUGGGACUCAGUAUUUGCUCCCAGCUUGCGACACUAAUGAAAGGUUCAAUUCACCUCAAAAGCGAAGAAGGGGUGGGAAGCACUUUCAGUAUGAAGAUUCCAUUAAAGUAUACGAGGGACCGCGCCAAUAGUACCACUAGCUCGAGUGUGGACUUGCAUUCUGGCCGCAACAGCGUCAACAUGACUCGUGGCGUUGAUGACUCUCCACCAAAGGGUGACGUUGAUGAUGCCAGUACCGCCAUAGCGAUUACAAACGCUCACAGUGCUACUACCUCUGUGGGGUCUGAUACGGGUCCUCGACUGGUCGGAUUCAGCCAGCCUUACUUUGCGCCGGAUCCUCCCCUGGAUAACGCAAAGGAACAGAAAGCUGCAAUUGAACGUGCUACUGCCGAGGCAUCAAGUCGAUCGGGCCGUAUCAAGGUCCUUGUUGCAGAGGACAAUAUUGUCAAUCAGGAAGUGGUUUUGCGCAUGCUCAAGCUUGAAGACAUCUACGAUGUUACUGUCGCCAAAGAUGGACAGGAAGCGCUUGAUUUGGUCAAGGAAAGCAUGGAGAAGAAUCAACUAUACAAUCUGAUCUUUAUGGAUAUCCAAAUGCCCAACCUUGACGGACUUCAAAGCACAAGGCUUAUUCGCUCAAUCGGGUAUUCGGCACCCAUUGUGGCACUUACUGCCUUUUCAGAGGAAAGUAAUGUCAAAGAAUGCAUGGAUUCUGGCAUGAAUUAUUUCCUAGCCAAACCGAUUCGACGACCUGCUCUGAAGCAAGUCUUGAAGACUUACUGCGCGCCCAUCCCAGAGGUAGAAGAGGGCGAGAGCAGUGCGCAUAAUUCGAACACAAAGCCACCAGAGGAUCGUCCACGGUCACCUGAGCCUUCACCUCUGUCCUCAUGAAUGGCAUUCGCCACGAUGUUUCAUUGGCAGCCACCUAACUCUGACCACUGACGCAGCGCUAUUUCGCGAAAGCGUCUACGAUAAUAUCGACCCGAUUUGAUCUAUCAUCAACCAUCUUCACACACCAUAUCCUAUCCUACACCGCCCUCACCUUUCGCACCAUACCUUUGCGCUCUCUUUGAAGCGGUGC